AUGGAUGUGAAAAACACCUUUCUUCAUGGCUAUCUUCACGAGGAGAUUUAUAUGAAACUUCCCUCUGGUAUGCCUACCUCUUCAUCUAGUAAUGUCUGUAGACUACGCCGUUCUCUGUAUGGCCUCAAGCAAGCUCCUCGGUCUACCACAGGUAUUGCGCUUCUUUUGGUUUAUGUGGAUGACAUCAUCAUUAUCGGCACUGAUUGUAGUUUAAUUAUGAAAUUUCAACAGUUUUUACAUGCUACUUUCCAUAUGAAAGACCUUGGUCAGCUUACAUAUUUUUUAGGAUUGGAAGUUCACCAUUGGGCCAAUGGUAUUUUCUUAAACCAGCAUAAGUAUGUUCAAGAUCUUAUUGCAUUCGCUGGGUUGGAAGACUUUUCUUCGGUGGACACUCCAAUGGAGUUAAAUGUAAAGUACAGGAAAGAUGAAAGGAAUCUUCUAGAUGAUCCUACUCUAUAUCACAGUUUAGUUGGGAGUCUUAUCUAUUUGACCACCACUCGUCCAGAUAUCUCUUAUGCCAUCCAUCAGGUCAGUCAGUUUAUGUCUAAUCCUCGACAUUUCCAUCUUGCUAUUGUUUGCUGCAUUGUUCGUUAUCUUCGUGGUUCACCUACUCGUGGAUUGUUCUUUCCUAGAGGGUCUUCCUUUCAACUUUCUGCCUAUAGUGAUGCUGAUUGGACUGGGUGUCCUGAUACCCAUUGCUCGACUACGGGUUGGUGUAUGUUUUUGGACGAUGCAUUGAUCUCUUGGAAAUGUAAGAAACAAGAUCGUGUUUCUAAAUCAUCCACUGAAGCUGAGUAUCGUGCCAUGUCCACGACUUGUUUUGAAAUUAUUUGGUUACAUGGUCUACUCAAGGAGAUUGGAUUUUCUUAA